AUGCAGGAGAAAAUGGACCAGUUGCAACGUGAGCUACGUGAGAAGAACAAAGAGGGAGAGCCAUCCAGUUCGUUGAUUGACACCCCCUUCACUGACGAUGUCAUGAGCACACAUUACCCACAGGACUUGAGGAUCCCACUGGUCCGAACUUACAAUGGACGAUCUGACCCACAGGAUCACAUCAACAUGUAUUAUGGCAGCAUGCUGAUGUUAGGAGUAUGCGAUGCCGUCAUAUGCAGAGCUUUCUUCGCCACCCUGGUAGGUAGAGCAGCCGAGUGGUUCAGAAGCUUGGAGCCUCAUUCGAUCGCGAAUUUCAGCCAACUGGCUGACAAGUUUGUAAGACGUUUUGCAGCCAACAAGUCAAGGAAGAAGCCUUACACCUAUCUAAACAAGGUAAAACAGGACGUAGGGGAAGCCUUGUCAGCUUACCUAUCCAGAUGGGAGCGAGAAGUAGACCAGGUCGAACCAAUGGAAGAUCACGUAGCGGUUCAUGCAUUCCUCUCGUCGCUCCGAUCCGGGGCACUUUACUAUGACCUCAUUGUCAAGCCCCCGAAGACAUAUGAAGAGGCGAUCACUCGGGCCAGACACCAUGCAGACGCCACCGAGGCUAACACAGCGAAGAGACGAGAGGAGCAGCCGGUCGGUCGGGACAAAGGUCACGACCAAAGAAGAGAUCGACCACGGUUUAGGCAGCGUGGCCGGACGGGGGAUGGACCGCGAUUCACUCCACUGAACAAGCCACUGGUAGAAGUUUUGCAAUUCGCCGAGCAGUGUAAUCUAGUGCACCCACCCGAGCCGGUACCCGAAGGAGCAGAUAGAAGCAAGUAUUGUGCCUUCCACAAGGUCAGAGGGCAUGAUACGACGGAAUGCAUAGCCUUGCGACUGAUCAUUGAGCAACUCAUUCAGAGUGGAGAGUUGGAGCAGUUCGUGAGGAAAGAUGGCCAAGAUAAGGGUAAGGCCAAGAAAAACGUCUGGAGAAGAAAUCAGAAGGAACAAUCGAAGGCACCCAGCCCACCCGAGUCGCACGAUGAUAAGGCGACUGGAAAAAAGCCGGUGAUUCAUGUCAUCUACGGAGGACCGGAGGGAGGAGACUCUUCCCGCCAGAGGAAACAAUGGGCAAGGAACCUGUACAUAGGAUCGGUGCAGUCAGAACUGCGAGAGAAGAAGAAGCGCACGGAGCCGAUAUUCUUCACUGAUGAUGAUCUUCCCAUCCAUGGAGAAACCCAGAGCGACUCGCUCGUCGUCACGAUGGACAUCAAUGGGACGGAUGUGCAACGGGUGCUAGUCGACACGGGGAGCUCGGUAAACAUCUUAUACUUCGACGUGUUCACACGUUUAGGUCUAUCGACUGACAAGUUGGCCCCCCUACGGACCCCAUUGUCUGGCUUCACCGGCGAUUCCAUAGAAGCGGAAGGAAUCAUCAGUUUAAACGUCGAGAUGGGCACCCACCCGAAUGUUCUAAAGACUACCAUGGACUUUGUGGUAGUUAAGCUGAAAUGCGUACACAAUGCGAUACUCGGUCGACCUGGCAUCACCCAAGCGGCCGCCGUCAUAUCGAUGAGCCACUUGUGCCUGAAAUUCCACACACCCAAUGGGAUCGGGGUGCUUCGGGGAGACCAGCGAGUUGCACGAUAG